AUGUCUGCUGGGCUAGAGUCCGGCUUUUCGAGCGAGGAAGUGCUCACGGCCCGCUUCCCUCUGCACCGUGCCUGCCGGGAUGGAGACAUGGGCGCCUUGUUGUCCCUGCUUCAGUGUACGGCAUCCCCGGCGGAGCUCGCCGUGGAGGACUCCUUCUACGGCUGGACGCCCCUUCACUGGGCUGCGCACUUCGGAAAGCUGGAGUGCGUCAUGCGGCUGGUUCAAGUGGGCUGUAGUGUGAAUGCAGUCACUUCCAGGUUUGCCCAGACCCCCACUCACAUUGCUGCGUUUGGGGGACACCCUGAGUGCCUGUUGUGGCUUCUCAAAGCUGGUGCAGAUUUAAACAGACAGGACUAUGUGGGUGAAUCGCCCAUCCACAAGGCUGCUCGAGCGGGCAGUCUGGACUGCAUCAAUGCUCUCUUGAUUCAGGGAGCUAAAGCUGACCGCACUGUUGUGGCAUUGAGUGUUCUCACUAUCGCUUCCUAUCUACACACUGGCAAACUGUUGAGUUUGAGGAAUGCCAGUGGGCUGACUGCUGCUGACCUGGCCCACGCCCAGGGAUUCCAGGAGUGUGCAGAGAUUCUGUCCAAUGCCCAGAACUUCCAACAAAACCUGGCCCUGUCCCAAAACGGGCCUUUAGUGAACAGCGUGGGCUGCACAGCUCAGAAUGGGGACCACUAUUCCCUCUCUGUCCAGGGACGCAGAUUCUUAAAUGGCACUCCAAACAGAAAGAGAUCGUUUGAAGGCAUUGAACUAAAUGCAGUGAAGAAAGCGAGACACAAUGGUUUGGACAUGGCACCUACUCAUCUCAAUGGUAAUGGGCUACUAGGAGAUAUCCAGAUGGAAAGCACAAAUAUGGAGGUGUCCAUUCCUGCAAGCUCAGUGACAGAUGAAAUGCUCUUAACAACAAAUGGUCACAGCCUACCUCAGCUUUCACUUGAGUGUCACCCAGGAGCAGAAAUCAUACAUGUUCACAGUGAUUUUCUUGAGAUCCACGCCACUGCAGGCAGCCAGGUGGAGCACCAGAAGUCAGUGACGGCAGAGCAACUGUAUGACCAUGCCUUUUACAGUACCAUGCUUCUUUAUCAUGGGUCUUAA